UUCUACCUGCAUGAGUUUGCCGCUGCCACCGGGCUUUUUCGAGUGUCCGCCCUUGUCCUCGCUCGAGGCGACGCAACUGCGGUUGCUGGCCGAUCAGGUCUGCACAGACGCAAUCGCAACGGCGCUCGCCACGGCAAAGCUGCCAACGACCAAAGUGAUGGCCCAUCCCCGCACCAAGCGCUUGCACUGGGGCACCGACCUCUACCGCUCCGAGAUCGACGCAGUCACGGGCGUUUCACAGAUCGCCACGUCCUAUGACCAGCUCCACACGUUCUAUGACGUGGCGACGCCCAAGCAGCUCCGGACGUUUGGUACAGUCGCCAGUCAAACGCUCUUGGAUCGCGUGGUGCUCUACUCGCUCGAGCAGUCGCGGUCGACGAGCUUCCGCGUCACGAGCAUUCUUUGGGCCGCGAUGCAGAGCACUCUCUUGGGUAAGGGCGUCCUUGCGAAGCGCGACACGUGCUACUUGGAGUGUCUUCGCGACGUGGCCGUCGUGGACGAGAGCGGGCAGGUCAUGGAGCGGAUCGUGGGCGAGAUGCUCAACCUCGAAGAUUACUUUUGUGCCGAUGACGUGCAGUCGCGCCUCGUCCGGCAGCGCCGGUUGUCGUCGCCCGCGCCGUAUCGAGCCAAUGCGUCGUACUGCGACGUGUGCUUUGGCGCGUUUAAACUCCUCUCGCAAAAGCUCCAGUGCUACUUUUGCCACCAAAUUGCCUGCACAAAGUGUGCCCACGUCCAUGUCGCGACGUCGACGCUCGUCACCAAGAAGGUCCGCGUCUGCACCAACUGCUACUGUCCACCGACGGACGCGGUCGCCCGUCGAACGUCUCUCAGCGACGACAUGGCGCGGUCCGCCAUCUACACGGUCCGCGGCGGGUGUGUCGUACCCAGCCCGCCCCACGACACUGUCAACGACAACGAAGACAAGAUCGUUCUUCUCUCCAGUCGGGCACUGCCCAAACUCGCACAAGAACCACGCCGCGUGCGAUCUGGGUCCACCGACUCGACUGCGUCGGGCAGCGAUGCAUUCGACCGACAGUCUGUGGGUAUCUUUGGCCUCGACACGGCGCGAACCGCGCUCGAGUCCAUGUCUUCGUUUGGGUCGUACGCUACAACCGUCGUCGGCAGCAGCGUUCGGAUUCGAACUGGCUAAUUCGCGCCCACAAUUUCAGAUGAGCAACUAACUCGCGGUCUGGUGUGGAAGGUCGGGCCUGGCAAUACAUUUCGCUCCAUUUGAGUCUCUCGA